AACCAAAUCAAAAACUUCAAAACGACGUCAUUUUCUGGCUGAGAAUGUUCUUCUUCUUCCUCGGAUCUCUCUGAUUUUUUUUUCCUUCUUACGCUCCCAUUACUCUCCAUCGCCUCACUUACUCAUUCAUACUCUUGCUAAAUAAUAUCAACUUUCCCGGAUAAUCACCUCUACCACAUCUUUUCUUCUUGUGUCUCGCUGAUCAUCUCCUCCACCUGAUUAGAUCUCUACUAGUGAGCUAAUGGAUAAGGAGAAAUCUCCAGCACCUCCUAGUGGAGGAGGUCUUCCUCCUCCUCCUCCUCCUCCUCGUUACUCUGCGUUUUCACCAAAUGGAAGUAGCUUUGCAAUGAAACCUGAAUCAUUUUUUCCUCACAACUCAGAUGCUAAUAUGUUUAGCCACGAUAUAAGCCGAAUGUCUGAUAACCCACCUAAGAAUCUAGGCCACCGCCGAGCUCACUCGGAGAUCCUCACUCUUCCUGAUGACUUGAGCUUUGAUAGUGAUCUUGGCGUGGUUGGUGGUGCUGCUGAUGGACCUUCUUUCUCCGACGACACGGACGAGGACUUGCUCUCUAUGUCUCUCGAUAUGGAUAAGUUCAAUUAUUCCUCUGAGGCGUCUUCUUCUCUUAUGGGUUGUGAGCCGUCAGAACCGGCUUGGAGGAAUGAGUUGGGAUCGAGUUCUAACGAAAGACCGAGGAUCAGACACCAGCACAGCCAGUCUAUGGACGGGACAACAAGUAUUAAGCCUGAGUUGCUUAUGUCUGGGAGUAAUGAAGUUGACUCUAAGAAAUCCCUGUCUGCUGCUAAACUCUCAGAGUUUGCUCUCAUUGAUCCUAAACGUGCUAAGAGGAUAUGGGCAAACAGGCAGUCUGCUGCGAGGUCAAAGGAAAGGAAAAUGAGAUACAUAGCAGAGCUCGAGAGGAAAGUACAGACUUUACAAACAGAAGCUACAACUCUCUCAGCGCAGUUGACUCUCUUACAGAGAGAUACAAAUGGACUGAGUGUUGAAAACAAUGAGCUGAAACUCAGAGUACAGUCAAUGGAGCAACAAGUUCACCUGCAGGAUGCAUUAAACGAGGCACUGAAGGAGGAAGUUCAACAUCUGAAGGUAUUAACAGGACAAGGUGUUUCAAAUGGUUCAUCAAUGAUGAACUAUGGUUCCUUUGGAUCAAAUCAGCAAUUCUAUCCAAAUAAUCAGUCCAGGCACGCUAUGUUAGCCGCACAACAGUUCCAGCAGCUCCAAAUCCAGUCACAGAAACAGCAGCAACAACAACAUCAUCAUCAUCAGCAGCAACUGUAUCAGCUUCAGCAGCAGCGCAUUCAACAGCAGGAACUACAAAGUGGUGUAACUGAGCUGAGAAUGCCCAUGUCUUCUUCGGGUCAGAAAGAGUGUGUACCAUCGCCUGAUCUUGAGGCUCCCUCCACAAAAGACUGAAGAGUGUAGACUGUGUAGUGUCCAAACUUAGUGAGGUUCUCUCAGAAAAUCUCCUCUCUCUUUCCAAUUCCAAAGCCGUGGUGUUGUUUUCUUCAUGAUCAGAAGAGGAUCAUGGCUAUAUUGCAUUCUAGAGUUAAAAACAAGAAACCUUAGAAGUUGUUAGUGAAAGCCUUUGUUUGUUUGUCUUUCUGCUCGUAGUCUACAUUCUUCUCUUUGUAUGGUCCCUACUAGGCUCUUAAAAAAACUUUUGGUUAGAACUGUGGUUUUGAAUUCAAGUCUUGUCUUUCUAAUCAGAUUCAAAUUCUUAGGCUUAA